CCAAACGCUUCAUAUAAUAGUAGGUUCUCCAUCCGCCAUCUUUGGAAAAUAAAAUGACUUGAUAAAAAACUUUGAAAAAGCAGUUAUUUUAGGGACAAAAACAUGCUAUCUCGCGUAGUUAAAGAGCACAAUCAGAAGCAGGCAGCUCAUAAGGAUGUGCAAGAGCGCAGGAAACGAGAGGCUGCCAUAGAAGCUUCUAAGCUAACUUAUCGUUUAAUGGAUACCCUCAAUUCAGGAGUGGAAAAAGCAUAUGUUAAUCAAAGAAAAUUGGAAACUGAAGCCAAGCAACUACAAGCCCAUGUGGCUCAGUAUUCUAAACAAACUACACUAUGGUUGAAAAUGGUGGAAAGUUUUAAUCAGUCAUUAAAGGAACUAGGAGAUGUUGAAAAUUGGUCAAGAGUCAUAGAGGCGGAUAUGACAUCAAUAGCUAGUGCUUUAGAGUAUGCAUAUAAAGGUGAUGGUCCACAAAGCACUGAGCUAGCCAGCUAGUUGUAAAAUUAACCAGGAAUAUGUGAAAUGAAAUAAUAUAGCUGUCAUAUCAAAAAGACAAAAAGAUAUAUCAAAAACUUAUUCAUUAUUUCCAUGAAAGGAGCUAAGUUAAAGGUAAACAACUUUGUAACGCCCCUUAAAAAUGGAAACCUCACACAUAUAUCCUUAAAAUUAUCCUUUGGUCAAAAUAUUCACUUGUUAACUGCUGCUGGAACAAGCAUUAAAAACAAUCGGUUAAUAAUCAAAGCUUCUUUUAAGAAUCUUCUGAAAUUUUUAAAAAUCAAUUUUCAAAUUAAAAAAACUUAGAUAGGAAAAUGCCUUACUUUUCUCAUAGAAGGUUAAUUUAUUAUGGACCCCACCCCUACCCCCAAGGGAGUAAUUUUGAAUCAAUGUACAUCAAUUCUACUCCACCAUCUUGUAAAAUAAUAAUAAAAGAUAAAGAUGAAUAAAAGAUGGUAAUUUGA